AUGAAUCGCAGUGAAGCCCUACGACGCAAGUCAUCCAACAUAGAUUGGGGAAGAGAAGUUUUCGCAGUGCGACUAUGGUGGCGACAGCAUUCAUCUAUUCCCACAUUAUCAUCUAGCUCCUCAUCAUCUCAACUACAACUAACUACUACUGAGAAUACCGGAAAAAGGGAGUCGCCACAAUCAAAAAUCAAGAAUCCUCUCCAAGCUAGCACACCGAAGCCAUUGGCUCCACCUACUUCGAUAUCCGAAUGGCAAUUAUUGGCUGUGUUACAACCAGCAAAUCUUGUACAGUACUACGAUAUGUUUAUAUCACAAGGAGGAGAUGACAUCAAUCAAAUUAUGCAAUGUAAUGAAGGAGAAUUUUUGGAAAUUAUGUCACUUGUAGGAAUGCUUUCAAAACCGUUGCAUGAGUUCUCACAAGAUCAAACGUCCUUUAACUUGGCCGCCAUACAACAAAUCGGUCCACCUCCUGUCUCACCAUAUGCCUUGAAUGGUCCUGAUAUGUCAUUUUUGAUGCCAGGUACUGCUUUGUGCGAUUCGCCAGUUCUGUUCGACGCGCAGAUUCGUCGCCUUUCCAACUGCGCAAUGGCGAUAUGUCAAAAAAUCCCACGACUUCCACCAAAACUUGUACAAAAUAAAAAGCGAGUUUCAAAAGAGGUGCUCGAUCUUUUUUCUGCUUCUGCCGAUACGCCUAAUCGUCUUGCCGAGUACCGCAAAUAUUUGGCAAUUUAUGGGCGUUUUGAUGCCAAGAGAAAGUCGGACAAGGGUCUUUCGUUUCACGAGGUAUCUGUGAAUGAAGCUGCCGCUCAAUUAUGUUUGAUCAUGCCUUCAUUUCUCACCAGAAGUGAUGAACUCUUUCCAUUGGUACGGCAGGUAGUCAAAGAUGCCGGAUAUCAUUAUGCAAAGGCUAGUCGUAAGCGUGGAUUUGACGUGGUUGAUUCGCAUUCGCCACAGAGCAGUCCUACAUAA